GCCUCCAUGGCGAUGUACAGCAGCACAGAGCAGCUCUGGAAUGAAUCAGACCACCUCAGAUGGGAAGCGAGAAAUGAGAGCUCGGAGGCAUCAGAGCAGGAUGAACGAAACUACUACGCCAUGCUGUACUCGCUGCUCAUCCUGGCCAUAGUGUUUGGAAAUGUGCUGGUGUGUCUCGCUGUGUUGAGGGAGCGUUCCCUCCAGACCACCACUAACUACCUGGUGGUCAGCCUGGCUGUUGCUGACCUGCUGGUAGCUUCUCUGGUCAUGCCCUGGGCUGUGUACUUGGAGGUGGUCGGCGGUGCCUGGCUUUUCAGCCGGCUCUACUGUAACAUCUUUGUCACGCUAGAUGUGAUGAUGUGCACCGCCAGUAUCCUCAACCUGUGUGCUAUCAGCAUUGACAGGUACACAGCAGUGGUGAUGCCCGUCUUGUACAACACCACCCAUCGCUCCAGGAAGAGAGUUUUUAUGAUGAUUGCCACCGUCUGGGUGCUGGCUUUCGCUGUCUCCUGUCCCCUGUUGUUUGGUUUCAACACUACAGAUGACCCUUUGGUGUGCUCGAUCUCCAACCCUGAAUUUGUGAUCUACUCCUCUGUGGUGUCCUUCUACCUGCCGUUUAUCGUCACUCUCCUGGUCUAUAUCCGCAUCUACGUCUUCCUUAGGAUGCGACGGAAGAGGAUCACCUUUGGCCAGGUCAGCGGGAAGGUGCAGCCAGGCUCGACGCCGCCAUCUGUGGAGACCUGUCUACAGGAGGAGACUCCCAAGGCGAGGCAAGACCUGUCACCCAUCCGAAUUAAAGUGCAGAGUGUGGAGCCUUCAGGGCCAUCCAAGCCCAACCUUCUGUCGGGAUGCCUGUGGGGGAAACGCCCUAAGACGGGACCUGUUGAGAACUUUAUGCGGCCCCCGGUGGACAUGCACAACUGCUGCAGCAUCAGCCACGCUUCCUGCGGACGCACAGAGCUGGAGCUGGACCAGGAGCGACGGGAGGAGGAGGCCGAGGAGCACAACCAGAAUGAAAAGCCUGCCAUCAGGAUGGGCUGCGAGGUGAAGGAUCUGUCCAAUGGACGAACACACACGUCACUGCAGUCGACCCCUUAUUCUCACAACAAUCCACGAUUCAGGAGCAUGCACGCGCGGGAGAAAAAGGCCACACAGAUGCUCGCCAUUGUUCUUGGAGUGUUUCUCAUCUGCUGGCUGCCUUUCUUUGUGACUCACAUUCUGAACACCCACUGCAGGACAUGCUACGUGCCUCCUGGGCUUUAUAGUGCAUUCACCUGGCUGGGGUAUGUCAACAGUGCCCUCAACCCCAUUAUCUACACAACCUUCAACAUCGAGUUCAGACGGGCCUUCAUCAAGAUCCUCAGCUGCUGAUGGAGACAGAGCACCAGGAAAUUAAAAUGGAAAUGAGGCUGUGCACUUGAGCAGCAACUCUCUUUCCAUACAUUUUGUAAACUGUGACCACAUAUGUAUGCCGGUAAUGGAUAAGGGAAUUAAAGCUGCUUCACAUCCCAGCUUUACAGAAACAACAGGAUAGCAGACACUUGGUUUUGCAAGAAACGCAAACAAACAGGGAUUCUCUUUUUCAAAAAAAGCUUUUGCUCCCUCACUGGGCUGGGAGCCCAUUUGAACAGUAUUACUUUUCAGAUAAGACACUUGCAUACAGUCUAAUUAAAAGCACAAGGCGUUGGACCCACUUGUACAAUAUGGGAGCUGCUCAUCUGCACAGGAUUUCCAAAUCAAUGUAUGUUUAGAAGCUCUUUGGAUCACUGGAGCCACAAUGGAGCUUUAAGGCUGAUACAGUAAAUUGAUCGCUUAGCAGUGAGCAACUGCGUCCUCAUGCCCACUGCAACCACAGUGUGUGGAUUAACUGAUGUCUCUCACUUCCCCUGAUCACACCGCCUCACCAUCAGAGCCGUCAGUAACUCUCCAGUGCAUGCACAAAUCAAAUUUCCAAGGGUGCUCCCUUGAAUGUGAGGAAUCGCAUUGGUCUCGGCCAAGAGUCACUCUAUUUUAAGGAUUGUCAUAAAUAUAGAUGUGGAGACAUUUUGCUCAAUGUGGAUUCAUAGAAAAAUGUAACAUUUUUGAUGUAUUGCAGAGUGAAAAUCCUGCGUGUAUUUUAAAGGGACUGUCUGAUUAUUGGCAUCCCCCCCAUUCAUGAUACAAAGCUGGCUACUGGCAGUUCUGGUGAGCAGAUAAAAAAAAGGAGCUUUGUGGUCUUAACAAAUCAAGUUGGAUUGUAAACCAUGCAGGUCGUCAUGGAGAGAGUUGUAAAUAAAAUAAAAAAAAGAUUAAAUGUUUUACAAGCUUGAGAUCAUCCAUCUAUACAUGUACUGUAGCACACAGCUUAUGUUAGCAUGUGCGCUUCUAAAUGUUUUGACCAAAAGUGUCAGUGGGCUUUCUGGGAGGAACAAUACAGGGACUAAGCUGAGCUAACAGGAUAUUUUGAGAUUCAGAGAACGAAAAAAGAGGCGGAGAACAGAGGCACAGAACCCGGAGAGAAAAACAGGACGAGAUAAAGGAUGAUGGGAGAGCUGGUAUAGAGUAAAGCCUAACAGAUGAGAAAUGGAGAGAAAGAGCAAGGAUCAAAGAUGACUGCAGAUGGAUUGAUAAAAGCUGCAAAAAAAAAAAAAAAUGAAAGGAGGAGCAAG